UCAAUCACACACACACAGCUAACGGGAAGUUAUGGCUGAGAUAAAACGCGAUGCUGAACAAAUGCCUUGUUUAAGUGUUCAAUUAGUUCGGUUUACUUUGUUCUCGCUAAAUGUUUUGAAUUGUUAGCUUCCGGCUUGGGGGUAGUUUAGCUCCUGAAACACCUUGUCAGUUCUCUCCCUGAGCUUCUUUCGGUAUCCCACAAUGCUCAGCGUGCGACCUUCAGCAUGUGUGACUGAGCAGGAUCCUGCCCUAUAGCAGCAGUGCCUAAGGCCUCAACCCCCUGCACUGACAGGUAGGAGUCAUAUCUGUCGGUUCCUACUGUUUUCCGCAUUUCUGCCAAACACACAAUCUGUCCUGAGUGGCCAUGGCGUCCAGACCUGGUGACAUUCCAGCCAUAGAGGCAGGCUCUGGGGUGAGCGAGGGUCUCCUGGGAGGCAUGUCUAUCCCCACGGGGAUGUCUCGUCGCGCUGUGAACUACGACGACAACCUGGACCGACCCAUGUCUCCACCCACCGACAUCAACAUCACCAAUCUGUGGAGGAGGCCCGUCAUUCCUGAGAGGAAGUUCUCCCGUCUGGCUGAGGAGGAUGAAUCUGAAAGCAGCAUAAAGAACACCGCUGCACUGGAGCCAAGCCAGCCUCCGGCUCCUGUGGUGAAAGCCAAAGCUUCUUCGGUGCUCAUGAAUUCGCUCAUCAUCAAGCAGACCCAGGAAAGCAUGCAGAGUUUUGAGAAGACAGCCGGGCUUACCGACACGGGCUACACACCUCACAAAGGCCUGACUGCUGAAGAGAGCCACUACUACCGCAUGACUCAGUCAAUGCAGAAAUUGCACAUGCAUAAUUCCGACUUUAAAGAGGAGAAGCAGUCAUCCUCAGCUCAGUCGACACCAUCAGGAACUCCUCAGUCGUCCCCCAAACAGAAGCGUCGAAGCUGGUUCAGCAGCCAGGGCUCAGUGGCCUCCCUCACAGGCUCAGAGCUCAGUUCCAGCUCUAGCUCCAGCAUGGAUUUCGGAUCCAGCGAGGGACCUGUGGAGCGCUGGAGCAUUUUCGGUCCCCGGCCUCAGGUCCACAAGUCCAUCACCGACCCAGGGACAGACCACGGGACAGCAGGAGGCUUUGCGUUGCAGUCCUAUAAAGGCGCUCAGAAGCCGACUCCCAUGGAGGUGAUGAAGGCUCAGGCCGUUCGGCUGGCCGAGGACCCCUCCACCUUCAAAGCUCCGCCCAAGAUGGAGAUUCCCAGCGUAGAUGGCAAGAAGCAGGUGACACGGCCCCACAAGCUCAAACCGCGCGACAUGAACGUCCUGACGCCGUCGGGUUUCUGAGAGCCCGUCAUUCACACACAGCAGCACCCGCUCGUGACAUGUACUUUGACUACCCUGCUUCGCUUGUUUCCUUUUUUAGUCCCCCCCCCCCCCUCCUGCUCCAUGCUGCUUCAUAAUGACAGCUUUCCUCUUGUGUCUCGUGUAAAUGUUAAGUCUCGGAUGAAGACCGUGUAACGAGGUGCCGCCGUUUCUUUGUUGUUGUUGGUUUUGUUUUCCUUCCGUUUGCCUAACUGAGAUUACGCCCUUUUAUGUGCGUACUACUAGUAUUUUGUGGGUUAUUUUACGGUUCUGAGUGUUUCUUCAUUUCCCAAAGAGAAAUAUCUCAGACUUACCUCCUCUUAGAUCCACUCUGUACUAGCUUCAUGUUCUGGGACUAAUCAUUGACUGUGCAUGAUCCAUACUGAUGAACAUUCUACCUUCUAUCUCGCUGUAACGACCGCUCCGUGGUUGUAAAAAUGUCUUCAGGAUAAACAAAGUAUCUUUAGCCGAGUUUUUUUCCGUCACAGUGUCACAAACGAAGGCACGACUUUUCUCUGGCAGAGUAUUCGAUGUUGUUGUUAAUGUCGAUGUAGCAGCUCUAUAUUAGAGAAGUGUUUUAAUUUUUUUUUCUUUAAAAGUUCUGUUACAGCUCAAGACGUUGAAUCUGUAAAUAAAUCUCGAACACAAUUUUGGUCUCAA